AUGGAUCAUCAAAUAAGCAGCGUUGGCCCGUACAUCCUUGGACGCACCCUCGGAAGAGGCGCUACAGGCAAGGUGAAGCUGGCCUAUCACCGGGAGAACGGAGAACGAGUAGCGGUGAAAAUCGUGACCAAGGAGUUUCUGUUCAGCAGCCCCAACAUGCGCCGCAAGGUGGAGCGCGAGAUCGCCAUCAUGAAGCUGCUCGACAACCCCCACGUGCUCUCGCUGCUCGAUGUCUACGAAACCACCAACUUUCUGGUGUUAGAGCAUGUGGAGGGCGGAGAGCUAUUCGACUACCUUGUGAAACGCGGCAGUCUGCCGCUACCGGAGGCCAUGACCUUUUUCCUUCAAAUCCUGCAGGGCGUUGAGUACUGCCACGCCCACUUUAUCUGCCAUCGAGACCUGAAACCAGAGAAUCUGCUGUUGGAUGCCAACAAGAACGUUAAGAUUGCGGACUGGGGCAUGGCCUCUCUCAUGAGAAAUGGCGCCCUGCUCGAGACUAGCUGCGGGUCCCCGCACUACGCCAGCCCGGAGGUCAUCAUGGGCAAGAAGUACGACGGACGCUGUGCCGAUAUCUGGAGUCUGGGCGUCAUUCUCUAUGCUCUCGGAAAGCUGCCGUUUGACGACGAGAACAUGCAUCUGCUGCUGGGCAAGGUGAAGAGCGGCUACUUCGCGAUGCCGCAGUGGCUGCCGAGCGAUGUCAAGGACCUGCUGCAGCGGAUGCUCACCGUCGACCCCGCCAAACGAAUCAUGCUUCACCAGAUAUUCACGCACCCGGCCCUCACCCACGCCUCCCAAGACUACGUGGGGCCCACCUCCCUGCCCCUCGAGCAAAAGAUCGCACGCCCGCUCGAUGACGAACCGCUGGACGAUGAGAUUCUGCGCAGUUUGCAUUCGCUCGGAUGGGACAACAGGGAAGAGCUGCACCGUGCGCUGCUCUCCUCGGAGCCAACCGUCGAGAAGGCCUAUUACCGCCUCCUCAGCAAGCGAAAGCGCCGCCGCACCAAGGGCCGGCGCUCGGGCGGUGGCCACGUCCAGAAGAUGGACAUGGAGUCGUACGAGAUGCUGCCAUCGGCCUCCAUGCCCAUUCCAGCGUCGCAGGCGCGACGCACCACAGCACCGAUGCCGAUUCGCUCGAGCCCUCGCUCCAUCCCGGUGGCCGCGCAGUCGCGGUCGGCAAGUGGCCACAACAACAGCGUGACCGCCGCUUCGGCUGGCAGCGUGCCCUCGGCAGACCCCAUUAUGGCGGCCAACAACUCGCCCGUGCUCGGCUCGACACCCAAGAAGACGUGGUUCGCCAGCUUCUUCGGAUCAUACAAGAACCAACAGCAACCGCCGGUCGGCAGCUUCCCCUCUUCCUCGUUCGGCACUCCCGGAAGCUUCGGCGGCUUCAACGGCUCGGGCAGUUUCUUGACGGCGGCCGCCAUCGCAGGAGCAGAUGGUGCGGCGGCAUCGCCGUUCGCAUCGCCCUCGCCCUCGCCAUCGGGCGCGUCGGUACCCUACACCGUGCGAAGCACCCGACCAGCGGCGGAGCUCGUCAACCUCCUCCGGCAGGCGCUCAAGGAGCAGCAGGUCGUGUUCAGCAGCUCGGCCAACCACACCUUCCACGCCAAAUACGACGCCUUGGACGCGGCGUGUGCGGUAUCGCUGACGGUGGAGCUGCGAGCGCACGACGACGUGACCUACGUCCACUUCACGCGCCGCUCGGGUGACCGCCUGACCUUCCAGACCCUCGUCGACUCCCUCGUCGCGUCCAUGAACCUCCUCUGA